GGUAGUGAACAGUCGGAAAAUAUAAUAGGAAUUAUAUUCGCGAGUAAAGAUUGCUUCUAUGUAUAUAUAGCCCUUAGGGGGGGAGUGUUAUAUGUACCGUUAAUACGGAGCUUUUAGUGUGUUGCAGUUGUAUCGGUCUGCCUACCGAGUAGUUUGAAUGUUUUAUUUUUGAAGCGAGUCGAACGAUGUCGGCCGUGUUUGACGGAGCUCCGCUCUCGGCCAUGCAGUCUCCUCAGGCGCCUCAGAGCUCUCUCAGCCCCCAGGAGCUGGCCUUGGAGAUAAAGGCGUUCAUCAGCGGUGUGGACCAGGCGCAGGGGCGGAAACUAAGCGUACGGGACCACGCUCGUUGUGCGGUCCGCCUGCUGCGCACUGUGCCCGCGUGUCGCGGGGCUGCCCUGGAGCACCUGAGAGGGGUGUAUGACGAAUAUGUGCUGGCCUUCCUUCAAGACCUGGAAGGGGAGGGUGACGGUGGUGGAGCUGGUGGCAGCGGAAGCUUGAGCUUAGAGGAUGUAAUUGAGGAGAUCCAUGGGGUCCUCUCUGAGUUCAUACGUCUCAACCCUAAAGCAUGGGCUCCUCUGGUGUCCAGCUGGGCAGUGGAUCUCUUGGGCCAGUUGAGUAGCAAGCACGCGGGCCGACGUGGGGCUCCCCACUCCUCCAGCCUCAAUGAGCUGCUGCAGUUGUGGAUGUCUUGCACAGCUACACGGUCCCUCAUGGAAAACUAUUCCCAGUGCCUGGCAGCCAUGCUGGCAUGGUGCCCUGAUGCUUGCGUUGACGCUCUUCUGGACACCUCGGUGCAGCACUCCCCGCACUUUGACUGGGUGGUUGCCCACAUUGGUUCUUCGUUCCCAGGCACCAUUAUAAGCCGUGUUCUGGCCUGCGGCCUGAAGGACUUCUGUGCUCACGGCUAUCAGGGGGCUGCUUCUCCUGAAAUGCCAAAUCAGCAGAGCUCACUGAUGCUUUGUGCGACAGAGAAAAGUUGCGUUCCCAAAAUUGGGUCUGUAGUAGGGAUCUUGGGACACCUAGCGUCACGCCAUGCAGACAGCAUAAAAAAGGAGUUGCUGCGGAUGUUCCAGGAGAGCCUUACCUCUGCCCAGCCCCCCUCAGGAGUUGCAGUCCGGGAGAGUUCUCCCCAGCUCCGCCGUGCCACGGUACCCUUUCUGCUGCAGCUGGCAGCGCUGUCUCCAACCCUGCUAGGCGCGGUUUCCGCUGAGCUUGUCGACUGUCUGCGACCUCCUGUGCUGCUCCAGCUCCAGGAGCAGUUCCAGGUUCUACCGCGUGAGGAGAUUGACAACAUGGUGAGCCUUGCUGUGCAUUUGAUCAGCCAGAACCCUGCAGGUGGGCCACGUGUGCUGCGCUUCCUGGUGGACACUGCAACUCCAGCCUCGGUCAUUAUGUCAGGCCCUGCAUCUGCCCCGCAGGAAGGCAUCAGAGAGUCCUGCGACCGCCUGCUCCAGCUACUCCUGCUACACCUUCAUAAGCUUGUCUAUAACCGUCCAGAUGGUGAUGAUAUCUACCCCCCUUCAUCUUCAUCUACCUCCACCUUUUUGUCUCCGCCUCGUGUCAUUCCUUUCCUCGAAGAGCUGCGGGGGCAUGUGGGGGAGCUUUGUGCCGAGACUCUCAAGCUUGAGCGGAAGCGGCACCUCUGGCUGCAUCAGCUCCUCUGCCUGUUGUCAGUGUAUGGAGGUCCCAGUGUGGCCACAGAAGCCCUGUGCCAACUUCUCACUCUGGCCAGGACCCCAGAGGAGUUAGCCCUGUCUUCGCAGCUGCACGCCCCACUCUCCAUCUGUUUGCCCGGGCUUCUUCCAGCUGCUGUGAUGCGUUGUGUAGCACAGAUCCACACCCAGAACCUUGGGAGCAAAGAACUCGCGCAGCUUCUCAACAACCUUGCGUCCGUCAUACAAAACAAUGAAGAGGAAAACAGAGGAGCCUCAGGAGUCCAGUCUUCCAUGGCGGCUCAGGUUGGUGUGGCCGUCUCAUCACACCUGCAUGACUUCUGCCCCCUUCUUCUUCAUGGAAACCCAGCAGUGUCUCAAGCGGCUGCCCGCCUCUUGUCUUGUAGCCAGUUAUCACGGGCUGCCUCUCCAGCAGAACUGUUGGUAAUCUCUCGAGCUGCUGUGGCACAUUUCUUUCUGGCUCUGAGGUUGAGGGCUGGGGGAAAUGGUGGAAAAGAUGGAGGAGACUCAGUGAGCUACUCUAUUCAGCUUUUGUCUCGUCUGGCUGCCUUUUCGCAACUCACGCUGAAAGCAGUGCUACAGCAGCUGGUAGAGGGUGCUCUGCACAGAGGCAAUGCUGAUUUGUUUGGAGGCCAGAGAGAAGAUCAAGAUGGGGACCACCCAUCUCCAUCUCUGACCCCAGAUUUAGGAACAUCUUUGCUCAACAUCAACUGCAAGUUUGGGACAACCGUCAAUUUCUCCGGUAGCGUGUGGUCUGUUUUUCAUGCUGGAGUAAUAGGGAUGGGGCUGAAAACACCCCACAUUGUCCCACAUUCAGACCCUGAGCGUGUUACUCAGAACCUGCAAACCCUGCUCGCCGUUGCUGUUCACUGCUGUAGCUCGAGCAGUGGAGGUACGAAUAGUAGUAAUGGCACUAGUGGUGGGAAUUCUCGAUGUCUACCCUCUGAUGAACCUGCUCCCAUUAGCGCAGAAGCCGCUAAGGUGAUUGCUGUAACGCUGGUCGAGAGUGUGUGUCCUGACGUGGCAAAUGGUGAACUUGUUUGGCCUCCGGAAGAGCAUGCCAGGACCACUGUGGAAAGAGAUAUCCAUAUCCGUCGGUGCUUUGAAGGUAACCCUGUUCUCUUCCACCUUCUUCGUGUGGUCGCGGCUGGUCGUCCGGCUCUGUGCUACUGCUCAGUAGUCCUGCGGGGGCUGCUGGCCACUCUCCUUGCCCACUGGGAGUCAUCGAGGGAGCAGACAGCCCUAGAUUCACCGUGGCAUCUUCAGGCCUCCUGUCUGUUAGUGUCCUGCAUGGGAGAGGGACAACUCUUACCCCCUGUGUUGAGCAAUAUUCAUGAAAUAUUCCCAUAUCUGACUCCCUUCGAGGUACGACUCUUGCUUCUGGCAGUGUGGGAGUACAUGCGUGGAAACAGCCCAAUGCCACAAAAGUUUUCCUUCAGUGCCGAGAAGGGUUUGUUCUAUCGGGACUUUUCCAGGGAUGGAGACCUGUCACGUUACCUUGCCCCUGUUUACAGUGUCCUGCACAAGAACAUUGACCAGCUGGGACACCUGUGCUGGCGCUUUCAGCUCUGAUCUCAAAGGAGUUAACAUGACAAUGGUGGACCUUGGGGGGACAUGGUGACGGGGAAGCAAAAACACACUGCAGUUUUUUUUCUUAGGGUAAGGACAUUUAGUAAUUAGUACCACUGUUCAUGUUACAAUGCUGAAAACGACUUUUUUCCUAUUCUUUUUCCAUUAAAAACCGAGCUUCAAAAUGAGCUGUAAAUUUAGAAAUAUUUGUCAGAUUUUGUAAGCAAAACAUGCAUUACUUGGAAUAGUAUGCCAAUAUUGACUCAAUGUUUUUUAGUCAGUGUUUUUAAUGUGUUUCUAAUAUUUACAUGACUGGCACUUACUGACCACCUGUCACAUGCUUACAAACUGUUUGGUAUAAUCAGUGAUGUUUUUUCUUCAAUUUUUGAGUUUUUUUCACUUGUAAAUCAUUGUUUUCUAUUACACUGACAAGUGUUCCAAGAUAUUUUUGGCAAUGGUGCAUUAUUCACAAGACUUCAUAAAGUAUUUUGUUGUAACUCUGCAAUACUGUUUUCCUG